AUGCGGUGGGAGUGCGACACGGCAUGGAUACAGCACGGAUGCGGCACGAUUGCGGCACGAAUACGCACCCUGGCGGCACGGCAGCAGCGCGGCGACGCUCGCAGUCACGCCGGGCAUGCCCUUCACAAGCGGCAGCUCGCGACCUACAACCAGCCGCCCAUCACCAGCUCACCACCAGCUCACCAUCAACUCACCAUCAACUUAGCUCACCCAGUACACCGUACACUACUUCAUAACGGUAGUCUCGAAUGA